AGAAUAGAUGAUGUUUGUGACACACAGAAAAGACUCCAGCGCGGUGCAUUGUGGGAGCCGCUGAUUGGCGCAUUUCCGCUGCCAUUGUGCGCGAGAGACGGUAAAUAACACUGAAGCUCAACUCUAAACACUCUUAAAUACAGUUUCCACUAAGGUGAUCGUGUGUCAGGAUGGCCCGUACUAAGCAAACCGCCCGUAAGUCGACUGGAGGAAAAGCUCCUCGUAAGCAGCUGGCGACUAAAGCGGCCCGUAAGAGCGCCCCGUCCACCGGAGGAGUCAAGAAGCCCCAUCGCUACAGGCCCGGGACCGUGGCUCUGCGCGAGAUCCGCCGCUACCAGAAGUCCACCGAGCUGCUGAUCCGCAAGCUUCCCUUCCAGCGUCUGGUCCGAGAGAUCGCACAGGACUUCAAGACCGACCUGCGCUUCCAGAGCGCCGCCAUCGGAGCGCUGCAGGAGGCCAGUGAGGCGUAUCUGGUGGGUCUGUUCGAGGACACUAACCUGUGCGCCAUCCAUGCCAAGCGUGUGACCAUCAUGCCCAAAGACAUCCAGCUGGCGCGCCGCAUCCGCGGAGAACGUGCCUGAGCCUCCGUCUGCUCUCUCUCUCUCUCUCUCUCUCUCUCUUGCUGUUUGUUGGUAGUUUUAGCGUGGGGUGGGGGGUUGGCGGUGAUAAACGUGGUCGUCUCUCUGUUUUAUGGCAGCAGACUAUUAGGGUACUUCCUGUUUGCAUGUACCAGCCGGUGCCUGAUCGGCCUCACACACACACACACACACACGAGUGAAGCGGUCAGGGCUGAUGUCUGCGUUCGGGGUGUCAGGGCCUCUCCUGCAGGGUGCUAAACAGCCCUGACCCUUCCCAGAGUGCCCUGCACCGUCCAUCCUGAGCAGUGUGUGUGUGUGUGUGUGUGUGUGUGUGUGUGUGUGUCGAUCAGCACGGGGAUUUCUACACAAGUCCGAGCAUCUCUCCAGCAAAUGUUUAUUAUUGCAAUAUUAUAAAUUACUUUGAAUAAUUGUUUGUUUUUUUAAAUGCAUUCAUAUAAGCUUGUUUCCUAGAUCUAGAGCGUAUUUUUCAAGAGGUAUAAAGACAUUUUUACAUCACAAAUCAUGUUUAUUUUCUCAAGGCAAACGGAGAAUAAUGUGUCCGUCCACGUUUCACUUCCCGUAUCUUGGGUCUUCUGAUCAUUUGAGCUGAAUAAAUAUAUUGGCUUGAUACUGUUUUUCGGUUUUGCCACGUGAGUUUGUUUUCCUGACCGAGCAGAAGUCUGUUUUCUAGUCUCAUCCGUCACCGUCACAGGAUUCCUCAGGCAGACAUGGAAACAUUAUCAUUAAUCCUGCUUGAUAUGUGGGUGUUUCUUGUGUUUCCCUUUGACUACAGAACAUUCAGGUGUUUAAAUAAACUGAUCUUUGUAAUUUGAAAUUUCUCUUAAUUGCGUAAUAAAUGGAUGUCACACA